UACUAUUCAAAAUCUCGAGAAAAAAUUAAAAGAUGCAGAAGACAAAACCCAAAUAGCGGCCAUUAAGCAAGAGAUUAAUAACUUGAAAGCUAAGGAAUCAGAAAAAUUGCAAACAAUUCAAUUAAUUGAAAAUAAAUUGUAUUUUGAAACUAAAAAUUCACAAAAGGUUAAACAGGUUGAAAAAUUGAAUGAAGAAAUAGAAAAAUUGCACGAAAAUGAACGCGAACAAAAUAAACAAUUGGAUUAUCUUCAGAUCAGACUAGAAUUAGUCAAUGACGAGAAUCUUGACAUAAAUUCUUUAAAAUCACUAAUAAAUGAUUUAAAAAUUUCAGAUUCCAAAUUACAGAAAACAUUACAACAUUUAGAGAAUAAAUAUGCGACAAAAAUUGCUGUUAAAGAACUUUCAACAAUCAAAGGUGGUUUUAAUCUCCAACAGGAUCUAUGUAAUUCUCUAGAAGAGGAAGUGGGAAGUUUACGACGGGAAUUAGCAUCAGCAAAAUAUAACACAAACUCAUCAACGGAAAAAGAUAAAAUUGAUGAAUCCUUGAAUGAUGCCCAGAAAGAAUAUGAUAAUACAUUAAAAUGUAUCAAGACUUUGGAAAAUGAACUUGAGAAGUGUAAGAAUAAUGGAACAAGUGACAAAAAAGUUGAAACAGCUCGAUCUGAAUUAGUCAAAGCAAAACUUGAAAUUGUAAAACAAAAUGAAAUGUUAGUAGAAUGUGAAUCUGAAAUGGGAAAGGUCGAAGAUGAAAGUGUACAACAUGUAAAACGUAUCGCAAAUUUAACGAAUGAACUUGAAAAAAAAGAAAAGAAUCAAAAAGAUGCAAUUAAAAAAUUAGAUUCUACGUUAAAUAGUUUCAAGACAAGGUUAUUAAAUGUCAAUGCUUCCUCAAAGAGCAAUAACAUAAACAUUAAUAAAUUUGAAAAAAUAUUUGAGGUCAUGAAAUCUCAUCUUAAAUUAGCAAAAUCUGCAGAUGAAAGUCGUGUUGGAUUACUUUGCAUAUUGGAAGAUAAUUUAAAAGAACUGACAAAACUUAUAAUAUCAAAUGAACAAGAGAUUACAAAUCAAAAUGCUCAUAUUUUAGAAUUGGAUGAUAUCAUACGACUGAUCGAAUCAGAGCUUAAACAGAAUUCUGAUUCAUUUGCCGGACGUAUAAGACAUUUAGAAGCCAAAUUAAUAGAAGUCAAUUCAAAGUCUCAACAAAAUGAAAUUUCUGCCGACGAAUUAAAGAUCACAAAGGAAGAACUUAAAAAAGUUAAAUCACCCACAAUAGAAUAUAGAAAACAAGUCAAGGAAAUAAAAUCCAAGCUUCGAGAUGCAAAGCAACGUCGUGAUGUUGAACAUUCUAAACUUAAAGAAAUUAACGAUGAAAUUUACAUCCUGAAAGAAGAAUAUGCGCAAAUGCAAAAUGAAAAGGAUGACUUAAAGCAUAAUUCUGUUCUUGAUUGUUAUCAAAACAUUGAAGAUUCUGCUGUACAAGAAUUAAUAAAUCAAAUUAAACAGACAUAUUCAGAGAUCAAAUCGCAAAAAACUCGCGUUACAGAAUUGGAAAAGAUUACACAUUAUUUGGAAACAGAUAAAAUGGUACAAAUUGAGCACCGUGAGGAUCUUGAAGAAGAAUUAGAUCAACUUCAGAAAGAUAUUGAAACAUUGGCGGAUGAAUUUGCAGUUGAAGUGUCCAAAUUUGAGGAAGUAGAUAAAUUAUCUAAAAAACAGAAACGUCGCAUAAAUGAGUUAGAAAUUGCAUUAGAAGAAUCCAAAAAAUUAGAUCUUGAAAUAUUAGCAGGAGAGUCAACAGAUCCUGAAAUCAAUAAACUUUUAAUAACGAAUAAAGAGUUGCAACAGACAAACGAAAAUUUAAAUUCAAAAAUCGUGGAAUCUGAAAAAAGAACUUGCACGCUUUCAGAAAAAGUAGAAAAAUUAGAAAAACAUAUAAUUUAUCAUGAAGAGAAUAGAAAAUCAUUGAUCAAAAGUUUGAAGAUUCAAAUCAAAGAACUUGAAUAUGAGAAAGAACAUUCGUAUGGGAUAAACACGGUUAUCACAGAAGAACGAAUAAUUCUAGAUAAAAGAAUUGCAUUUCUAAGAGAACAGUUGCGAUUGCGAAUGACCGGUUCAGAUGAAAAUCAAACAAAUAUACAAAUUUCCAGAUUAAAUAAUUUAGUUGAAACUCUGAGAAAAGACAUUUCAGACUUUAAAAUAAAUAAUAGUGAUAAAGCUAAAAAUGUGGAACAAGAAAUUACACGAUUAUUAGAAUUUAAUGAUCAAUUGGAAAGAUAUAAAUCACCAAACACAAAACGAGAUUCUAGUAAUUCAAUACGAUCUAUUGUAGCACAAAACGAUGACAUCAUAACCGAACAACAUCAUGUUAUUAACAAUCUUAAAGAGAAACUUUCACAGCUGGAAUUACAAUGUAAUGAUGAAUCAGAUCGUAGUUCAAUAUCAUCCAAUUUAUCAGAUACAAAUAACAAGAAAAAACCUUCGAAAAUUAUGAGUCAAGGGAACUCACCAACAUCACGAACAACGAAAGAAUUUUCAGUAGAAAUUCAAAAUCUUCAAACAAAAAUACCAACGAUUGAAAGUGAAAAUGCAGAAAGUAAACAACAAGUCGAAGCAUUGGAAGCAAGUAUAAAUUAUAGUGAAAUGAAUUUAUCAAUUGCAAAAGAACAAUUAACAAUAUUACAGAAAGAGAAAAAAGAUUUCAUUGAAGAAAUUAAAUAUUUAAAAUCUCAAUUGAAUGAAACACAAACACAAAUUAAAAAUACAAGAACAACGGUUGAAGAAGAGCAGAAGAUUAUGGAAAGUGUUUUAGAAGAGGAAAGAAAAGCAAAAAUGAAAGCAGAAAAAGCCAGAUUAGUGCUAGAGAACCAAAUGGAACAACUUAUUAAUAAGAAGAGACGAUUCAUGUCUAAAACUUCCAUUAAUGGAAUAAUUUUUAAAUCUCCGACUGUUGCAACAUUUACUACUUUACCAUUUGAAGAACCAUCAACCAAUUUUAAUCCACAAAGCACUUCAACUCCAUCUGAUUUAUUAGAUAGUGAUUCAAAUGAUGCUUUACAUUACAACGAUACAUCGGGUGGUCCCUCGGGACGUAUUCCUGAAUUAGUUUCUCAUUCUCAUAUUCGAAAUACUUCUUUGAGUUAUCGUGUUAAUGAAUCAUUAUCUAGGAGAAGGGAAAGUAUACGUCAUGCUGCCAAAUGUUUAAGUACUUUAAUUACAGGUUCUAAAGAAGAAAAACCCGGUCGAUUUAUUCCUGUAAUUCCAGAGAGAAAAAGUCCUCUAAUAGAUCCUCAAACAAAUGCUCCUUUUAUAAAAAAUUUUAUAACAACUUCCCGUUACACCUUUUGGAAUUUUCUUCCUAAACAACUUUGGUAUCAAUUUUCAAAAGUUGCCAAUAUUUAUUUUAUUUUUGUUGCAGCUUUACAAGCAAUUCCCGGAUUUUCUCCCACUGGACAAUUUACUACAAUCAUUCCAUUAAGUGUAUUUAUUGGUAUUGCCAUGGCACAUGAAGGAUUUGAUGAUUUACGUAGACAUAGACAAGAUCAAGUGGAAAAUAAUAAUGAAUGUUCAGUAUUAAGAGUUUAUCGAUCAAAUGAUGCAAAUGGUACUUCCAAAAGAAUUGGCGUAUGGAAUAAGGAAAAAUGGAAAAAUUUACAAGUUGGGGACUUCGUAUUGGUUAAAGCACAAGAAUGGGUACCCGCUGAUUUAUUAUUGCUUCAUUCAAAAGGUGAACAAGGAUCUUGUUAUGUAGAGACUGCUGCAUUAGAUGGUGAAACUAAUUUAAAACAACGUCAAGCAUUAAAAGAGACUAAUAAUUUAGUAAACAAAGAAGAGACUCUUGCAAAUUUUGAAGAAAAUCCAAAUCAAGAUUUAUAUAAUUUUGAUGGAUCAAUAAAGUUUCCCGAUGGAAAAUUGGUUAGUCUAUCAAACGACCAAAUCUUAUUACGUGGUACUAUUCUACGUAAUACCCCCGAAAUUUAUGGAUUGGUCAUAUUUACAGGUGAACAAACAAAGCUCCGGAUGAAUGCUUCAAAAAAUAUUAGAACAAAAGCUCCCACGAUACAACGAUUGAUGAAUCGGGUAGUGAUAAUUAUUUUUACCUUUGUAUUACUUUUAUCUGCUUUGUGCACUAUCUUUGCGGCAAUUUGGGAUGAGGAUAUGGUAACGGAUGCAUGGUAUUUUCUAGGAAUAAAAUCACCACUUUACGUUGUACUAUUUUCCUUCAUCAUUCUAUUUAACACAAUGAUCCCAAUAUCUCUUUACGUUACAAUGGAAUUAGUUAAACUUGCUCAAGCGUAUUUUAUUAAUAAUGAUUUGGAAAUGUAUCAUAGUGAAACUGAUACUCCGGCUGAAGCUCGUACAUCUACAAUUAAUGAAGAAUUGGGUCAAGUUAAAUAUUUAUUUUCGGAUAAAACCGGUACUUUGACGGAUAAUAUAAUGCUUUUUAGAAAAAUUAGUAUAGGAGGUAGGGCAUUCAUACACGAUUUAGAUUUGCGUAGAAUUGAAGAGGAAGAAUUAUUGGCAGCAUUAAAACAAAACAAGCGAUCAUCACGAUCAAAUCAUGGAUUUUCACGUAGACGGCAUAAUCGUUCGCAUUCACAUGAAGAUUUGGAGAACUCAGAUGAUAUUCAAAUAGCACCUCUAAAUCAUAGUAUUGGAAAUUUCUCAAUGAUUGCACCUACUACUACUGGUCCAUCGCCAUUAUAUAGAAGAGAUUCAUCAAAAUCUUCUACAAAGUCUGUGUUUAAAGGUAAAAGUACUCAAAUGCGUUCAACCCUUGAUCUACUUACGAUAAUACAACAUCAAUCUAAUACUCAAUUUGGAGAAUGUGCGCGAUUUUUCUUGCUUGCAAUUGCUUUAUGUCAUACUUGUGUACCAGAAAUUGACAAAGAAAGUCAAAAUAUAUUUUAUCAAGCUGCUUCCCCUGAUGAAUUUGCUCUCGUGACAGCCGCAAAAGAAUUAGGUUAUGUGGUAACUGAUAAAAACAUGUCCACGGUGUCACUUCGAAUUAAUAAUGAUGGCCCAGAAGGAUUAAUUGCACCUAAUCUAGAUAAUUCAAAAUAUGAAACUUAUAAGAUUUUGAAUGUGCUUGAGUUCUCUAGUAAACGUAAAAGGAUGUCUAUCGUAUAUCGCCUCCCUAAUGGAAGAAUUUGUUUACUUUGUAAAGGGGCUGAUUCUAUUGUACUCGAAAGAUUGAGAAAUCCAAAAAGGUCAAACAAGAAAGUAUUUAAGGGUGACAAAAAAGGAAAAUACAUGGAUACAAUGGAUGAUAAAAUAGAUAAAAUAGAACUUUUUGAUGAUUCCGAAUCAAAAUCAAAACGAUAUAAUCUUCGAGUGAGCACCUCGAAUCUUAAUAUUUCCAUAUCUAUUGAUUUAUUCCCUAUUCGAAAUGAGGCUUGGUUAUAUAGUCAAACCAUGUUUCAUAUUCAAGAUUUUGCUACUGAAGGUUUAAGAACUUUACUUUAUGCUCAUCGAUACUUAAGUGAAGCUGAAUAUAAUACUUGGAAUAAACUUUUCCAAGAUGCUUCAACUGCUCUAAUUGAUCGACAAAAAAAGAUAGAACAAGUAGCAGAACUUAUUGAAUGUGACUUAGAAAUCACAGGAGCUACAGCGAUUGAAGAUAAAUUACAAGAUGGUGUUCCUGAAACUAUUGACAAAUUACGGAGAGCGGGAAUAAGAAUUUGGAUGUUGACUGGAGAUAAACGUGAAACCGCAAUUAAUAUUGGAUACUCUUGUUCAUUAAUAAAGAAUUUUUCAACUGUAAUUAUUAUAGAUUGUAAUGUUCAAGAUCUUAAUUCUAUGUUAAAAAGAUAUCUAAAAGAUGUUGAUAAUGGUAUAGCUAAACAUGCGGUGGCAGUUGUGGAUGGAGCAACUUUAAUGACAAUUGAAAAGGAUACGGAAUUAAUGAAAACAUUUGUAUCAUUAGGAAUAUUAUGUGAAGCAGUUGUUUGUUGUCGUGUAAGUCCAGCACAAAAAGCUCUUGUAGUAAGGAAUAUUCGAGAAAAAUUAAAACAAACGGUAACAUUAGCAAUCGGUGAUGGUGCGAAUGAUAUAGCGAUGAUUCAAGAAGCACAUGUUGGUAUAGGAAUAACAGGAAGAGAAGGAUUACAAGCAGCUAGAUCAAGUGAUUAUUCAAUAGCACAAUUUCGAUUUCUAACUAGUUUAUUAUUUGUUCACGGUCGAUGGUCAUAUGUUAGAGUAUCGAAAUUUGUAUUAGGAACAUUUUAUAAAUGUAUGUGCUUUUAUUUAACGCAAGGAAUUUUUCAACUUUUUACAGGAUUCUCAGGAACAAGUUUAUACGAAUCAUGGACACUUUCAUUUUAUAAUACAUUAUUUUCUUCUUUACCAGUAAUAGUAAUUGGUAUGUUUGAAAAGGAUUUAAAGAGAAAAACAUUAAUAGGUGUACCAGAAUUAUAUCAAUUAGGACAACGUAACGGAGCAUUUAAUCUUAAAUUAUUUUUCUCAUGGAUGUGUGCAGGAAUAUUUCAUGCAUUUGUAAUUGUAUCGACAACAGUUUUAUUACAUGGAAUGUUUCUCUCAUAUGAAUUACGUGCUGUAGGUUCACCUCAAUUGUAUGAACUUGGAUUAGUAUCAUAUACUUGUGUAGUAAUUAUAGUAACCAUUAAAAUAGCUUACUUAGAAUGUCAUAAUUGGACAAUAAUAACUCAUGUGACAUCAUUGCUAACACUUUUUGGAUGGUUUUUAUGGCAAACAAUUUAUUCAUUUAUAUAUCCAGUUGUUUCUAAAUCAGCAGCAUAUGAUGUACGAGGAGUAUUUCAAAAAGUUGAUGUGGAUGAAUAUCAAGAAAUAGAAAAGGACAAAGAACAAUUAGAAAAAAUAAUAAGUGAAGGAGCAAAUACUGAAGAUAUGGAAGUAUCGCAAGCAGCGAAUGUUAUCAAUAGAAAAAAGAAUAAAGGUAAAGAAUAUUAUUCAGAACAAAAUACGAAUAAUCUUAAUAGAGAUGAAGAUGAAGAAGAGACACAAAAAAUAAUCGACAUUAAUGACGAUAUUAACAACAACAAUAAUAAUGAUGAUGAUGGAAAGGAAAUACAAAAUCAAAAUCAAAAUCAAAAUUCUUCGUCUUUAUUGCAAACAUAUUCUGAUGAAAAUUCUUCUGAAAUGUUAUUAUUAUCUCAUU